CUCCCUCGUGCAUUCCACAUGGCCAAAUUCCCAUCGCCGCUUCGCAUUUUCUCACUCUGCUUUUGUUUUGCAUCCAUUUCCGAUGGCGCAAGAAUACCUCAUUCCUUGAAAAAAUUAGACUCAUCAAACACUGAUCCAUACGUUAGUUCCCCAUUCUCAUUGCCACCAUAUGAAUCUCUUCCUCCAUUCCCUUCUCCCGAAAACACCCCUCCCUAUUGCGUAUACCCACCCACCACCCCCAUGCCGCCCACAUUCCCCACCCCAUCAUCCAUACUGCCCCCAUCCCCACCCUACUACGAGCUUAGCCCGCCUUAUUACGAGCCUACACCCCCUUACUACGAGCCUAGCCCACCUUAUUACGAGCCUAGCCCGCCUUACUACGAGCCUAGCCCACCAAGCUACGUCCCCCUCCCGCCACCCACGGGAUCGAUUCCGAGCCCAAAGUUCCUGCCUCCCAUCGUGUUCCCGCCGCCGGCAGUGCCCCCUCCGCCUCGACGGACGCCUGUGACGGCUAUGUGGUGCGUUGCGAAGGCGGCGGUGCCGGACCCGAUUAUACAAGAGGCCAUGGACUACGCGUGCGGGUCUGGAGCUGAUUGCGACCAGAUUCAGCCGAGCGGGUCGUGCUUCAUGCCCAAUACACUGUUUGCGCACGCAUCCUACGCAUUCAACAGCUAUUGGCAGAGGAGUAAGGUGGCCGGAGGUAGAUGUGAUUUUGGAGGAACCGCCAUACUUGUCACCGUUGAUCCGAGUUAUGAUGGAUGCCAUUUUCUUUACUUCUGAGUUUACUGAUGCUGACAUGUUGCAUACCAUUUUGUGAUAUCCCCGUUUUUCAUUUUUGGAUAUUGUUUUGCGGUAGAUUAGGUGGGGGCCUCUUGCUGUUAAUCCAGAUGAAAACUUAGCUGUUUUUUACUACUUAAUUCGAAUUAAUUUGUUUUGUUAA